GUGAAAGUAAAUUUGGGAUUGUAGGAAAUUGACAAUUGUUUGAGUUUUCAUAUCAUCUAAGUGUCGACUCAGAAGUAUCAAGAAGCAGAAUGGAAAAGUCAAAUGAACUUCGGGCCUCUGCUACAGAGACUAAAUAUACUGUCGAAGUUAGGGGAAUGAAAGAAACAACAUCAUCAGACACUAUCAAGUAUUAUUUUGAAUCAAGACGAGGGGCAAACUGUGACGUUAUAGAUAUUCGAUUUGUACCUAACAAAAACAUGUUCUUAGUGUCUUUUGAUGAAAAUGAAGAUGUUUCAGUUAUAUUCAGAAAGGAACAUAAAGUAGAAGGAGCUGUGUUACAUGUGAAAAAACAUGUCCCGCCAAAAUAUUACAUAAAUAAGGCGCUGAUUACUGGAUUGAAUGUAAAAUCAUCUGAAGAUAAUGUUACCAACUUCAUAGAAGCAAGAACAAAACAAGACGUGGCAUCUGUAGAGUUUGGAGAUCAAGAUUCAGGAGCAGCAAUCAUUACAUUUUCAAAGCCGGUCGAUAUUGGACAACUUCAAACUGUUUGUAAAAAAAGGACUCUUGACGGAAACCGCGUAGCAGUACACAAUGUAGUAGAAUCCGACUGUAUUAUAGUGAAAGGUUUCAGUCCUAAAACUACAGAUGGUACAAUUGAACUUUACUUCGAUAACAAGAGACGGUCAGGCGUGGAGGGGGUCAUUAAAACAGAAAUGAACACAGAUCAAGGCUAUUGUGUUGUGUAUUUUCAGGAUCCGAAAAGUGCAUCAGUGGCAUGCGAAAAAUCACACAUAAUAGACAACUGUAAUUUAACAGUACAGGUUUUCUACGACUGCCUUGGAUCCCCUGUUAAUGAUGACAAACCAGCAUUUCAGGUGCCACGACCUGUUUGCAUUACAAAUAUCGAUAACAAGAAGUUAAAAUUCUUACUUCAUUCAACACUAUCGCAGUCGCAGCUUCGCGAACAGUUACAAGCGAUUAAUGCCGAAAUCACAUGGCCAUCGUCAUCUGACGAUAAGAACGUACAAGUAAAAUGUACCCUAUCAAAUGAUAAACAAAAGCAUCACAAACUGGCACAAACAUGGAACAGUGAUGUUCAGGAACGUAUAGACGCAUAUUUACAGUCAUUGCAAGUAGACAGACACUCAGUUGCCGAGAAUUUGCACACGUUACUAAUGUCUAGAAUAAAAGAACUCAAUAUAGAUAAUCAAGAUGAAGUUAGUGUUAUUGUUGAAAAGGCAACAUCGUGUGAUAUAUUUAUUGUUGGCCUCAGAACACCUGUACAAACACUGUCAGCAAUUAUAAAGGAAAUGAUGGAAGAUAUCACGAAAGAUAUCACACGAAAACCACAAGAAUCACGUGAUAUGAUUUCCUUCAAACACCAUCAAUUGAUCCUAUUAGAAUAUACACAUUUUGCUGAUAAAUUGAAAAGUAAAUAUGGAGGCAUUAACGUACAAGUAGAUACAAAAGGCAAUGUCGUAACAUUUUGCGGAACGGAAGCUGACAUAACUGCUGCAAAAGUUAACAUUUUUGAAACAUUAAAUAAAAUCGUUUCUGUGUGUUUUGGCGAGAGGUCAAAACAUUUCAUUCAAUAUUUAAAUCGACCUGAUAUUGAAAAGAAGAUUUAUAGUAAAUUCCAAACAAGCGGUAAUGUUGGGGUAUUGGAUCUGCAAGAUGAUACUAUAUAUGUGCACUCUAUGACAAUCAACGAAGCAGAGACAUGCGCUGAAAUUCUCAAGGAAUCUAUAAUUGAAAUCUCAUUAGAUAUAGAAAACUGGCACAUACCUGUUCUUCAUUCACGCGAAUUUGUAAGAUAUAUUGAGGAUUUAGAAGAUGAAUAUGGAAACACUGCCAUGUUAGAAAUAACAAAAAAUCAGCAAAACGAAGUUGCUAUAUACUGUUUAUCGAAAUCCGAUGGCCAUUUGGUUCACAAGAAACUCUCCGAUUUUAUAUUUAUUAAUGGAAUACAAGAAAAGACGUAUCAGCUCACUCCUGAUGACAUGAAACUUCUACAGGAAUUGAUGAAAGAAGAAAUGGAAAAACUAGAAAAUAAAUUGAAACAACAAAAUAUGGUCUUUAUCAUUAGACAUGAUAGUAUUUUUGUAAAGGGAAAGGGCCAGGCUUUUGAAGACGCUAUUAAAGAAGUAGAGUACUUGCUAAAGUGCAUUAAUUCUGUAGCUUCAAAUUCAAAGUUUCAAAAAGUUGUGAAAAAAGUUAUGGGGAAGACCAAAUUGAAACAAAUUGGCGAAGACGGUAAUGAAAGUAGUGAUGAUGAAUUUGAUGACAUCACAAGACAUGAUAGCGAAGAUAUGAUUCUAGGAAAUGCUUCAGAAAUAGCUAGCUUCACUACUGAUGGAAAUAAGAAGGUCAGAAUAAUAAAAGGUGACAUUACACAACUUGAUGUUGACGUCAUAGUUAACGCGGCAAAUAGAGAUCUACAGCAUAAAGGUGGAUUGGCUAGAGUCAUUGUAAACAAAGGAGGGAAGAGUAUUGAAAAUGAAUGUGAUCAGUACAUUAAAAAAUGUGGCCCACUUUCUGAUGGAAAGGUGUUUUGUUCGGAGUCUGGGGAUUUGAGCUGUAAAAUGAUUGUACAUGCUGUUGGGCCGACCUGGAAAGGCGGCAAACAUAAUGAAGAAAAGUAUUUAGUCCAUUCUAUCGAAACAUGCCUAGCAGUGACUGAGAAGAACAAAUUUGCCAGUAUAGCCAUCCCAGCACUCUGUACCGGAAUAUUUCGCUAUCCUCCGGAAUCAGCAACCAAUGUAAUAGUUGAAAUUGUAAAAGAUUAUUUCAGAGUACAUCCAUCUAGCUGCAUACAGACAGUAUGUUUAUGUGACGUUGUUUAUGACACUGUCAAGCUCUUCCAGAAAGCAGCAAAUAUGCAUUUAGCAAAGACAACUUCUCAAGGUUUAACUGCUGUAAGUGAUCAACACCAUGUAUUGGCUGGAAAUAUUGCGAUUAAGAUAGUUAAAGGACAGCUAGCAAGAAUGAAGGUUGGAGCAAUUGUAAAUACAACGUCAAAAGAACUAAAGCUGGAUCAUGGCGCAGUGUCCGCCUCAUUGUUGAAAAAUGGUGGUCCAUCCUUACAACAAGAGUGCUCACAGAACUAUCCGAAUGGUAUAAAUUAUGGAGAUGUUGCAGUGACAUCUGGUGGUAAUUUACAGUGUAAAAUUGUUUGUCAUGGAAGCUUGAAUCAGUGGCGUAAGGAAGGUUCGGAAAUCAAAGAGCUAGAGAAGUUUGUAAUGGAAUGUUUUUCUACUGCUGCUAAAAAGAAAUGUAGUUCUAUUGCCUUCCCAGCAUUGGGAACAGGUAAACUUAGAUAUCCUGCUGAUCAAGUUGCCAAAUCUAUGUACAAGUGUGUAGAAGAGUUCACCUUGCAAAAUCCAAACUCGGCGAUUGCAGAAGUUUUGUUUGUAGUGUAUGAUAAAGAUCACGAAACUGUUAAGGCGUUCGAAACAGAAGAGAAUCACAGAAAAAAAAUUUCAACUGUUAAGAAUACAGACAGAAUUUUAAAGGGAGGGGUGUCAUCAGUUGUGUUUAGCAGAAUGAGCGAUGAAGAGAAACGAGAAGUUCUUAAAUCAGCAAUUGAAGCUAAACAGCACUUUGAAGAAGAACUAAAAGAAACUAAAGAUGAAAUGAAGAAAAAAGACGAAGAGCUAAAUCAACUGCAAAAGAAGGUUUCAAACAGACAGUUAUUAAUGAAAGGAGAAAAAGAAGCACUGGAUGGAAACAAAGUUGUUUACUUUGACCUAUAUCCCGAAAGAGCGUAUAAAGAAGGAUCAGCUGCACAAACUCACUUUAGACUUGCAGAGUCACAGUUUUAUAGAUUAAUAAGUGGAAGUGGAAACAGCUUCACAGUAAAUAAAGUACAGUAUGUGGUAAACCCACCUUUAGUGAAACAUUUUCACAAAGCAAUAGACGACAUGAAAAAGCACAGAGGAAGCAAGAUGUCUUAUCCAAUAUUAGCGUUUCAUGGUACACAAGAGGCAAACAUAAAGUCUAUUGUUGAAAACAAUUUCAAAGUCCCAGGCCAGCAAGGAUUUGCGCACAGGACUGAUACCGGGUACUAUGGCAGAGGUGUCUACUUCAGUGAAUAUCCUGGUUACUCGAUGGGUUACAUUUCAGGGGCCACUCAGCUUCUUCUCUGCCAGGUCUUACCUGGUAAUGUCUUUGUAUGUCCUACCAUGAUUCAGGGAGCUUCACUUAAGCAAGGCCAUGACUCCCAUAUGUCACCAGAUAAGAAAGAGCUUGUUAUAUUUAACUCUCAUCAUAUUCUUCCGUUUUAUAUUGUGCAUUAUACAACGGGAGGGUUUGCUUAUCACCAGAAAAAGUACUAAGUGUGGUAUAUGUGCAAACACAUGUGCUUGGUUUGAACAUUACUACAUUUAUUUCAGUGUGAAGAAGACUUAUAAAUGGAAAUCCUCUGCAAUCUUCUAUUAAUUGUGUUUGUAACAAUGACCAUUAAAUAGUUUCCAUCCUGUUUUGUAUCGAAUUGGCAGAUGAAUGCUUAUACAAUAAAAAGAGACAAACCCAGAUAAAAAAGAUUUGUUUUAUUGAAUUAAGUUUAUGCAAUAUAGUGAUGAGACAUUUUUUUUCAAAAAUAAAUAAUUAUUAGUUUU